ACAGUGCCGGCAGAAGCUGAGAAACAGAGCACCAUGAGGAGGGCCGUGCUGAUGUUGGUUCUGGUGUUGGUGCAAUGCCUCGCGCUGGGCUGCGGCACGGCAGCGGCGGCCAGGGCGCGGCAGGGCGACCUCCUGCGCCGGCUGCGCUGGUCGUCGUCGCUGGCGGCCGUGGAGGAGCCGACCAGGGCGACGGCCAGCAGAAGACCCAAGCCGGUGCCGGUGCCGGCGGCUGAGGUCGGGCGCAAGGAGGCCGACCGCGUGGAUGCGCUCCCCGGGCAGCCGCGCGGCGUGGACUUUGCGCAGUACGCCGGGUACGUGACGGUGGACCCGGCGGCCGGGCGCGCGCUGUUCUACUACCUCGCCGAGGCCGUCGGCGGCAACGGCAACGACGACGGGUCGUCGUCCAAGGGCAAGCCCCUCCUCCUGUGGCUCAACGGGGGCCCCGGGUGCUCGUCGCUGGGGUACGGCGCCAUGGAGGAGCUCGGCCCGUUCCGCGUCAUGAGCGACGGCAAGACCCUCUACCGCAACCCCUACUCCUGGAACCACGCGGCGAACGUGCUGUUCCUGGAGAGCCCGGCGGGGGUGGGGUACUCGUACUCGAACACGACGGCGGACUACGGCCGGGGCGGGGACAACCGGACGGCGGAGGACGCGUACCAGUUCCUGGCCAACUGGCUGGAGCGCUUCCCGGAGUACAAGGGCCGAGACUUCUACAUCGCCGGCGAGAGCUACGCCGGCCACUUCGCGCCGCAGCUCGCCCACGCCGUCCUCCGCCACGCCUCCCCGGCCAUCAACCUCAAAGGGGUCAUGAUUGGGAACGCGGUGAUCAACGAGGGGACGGACAAGAAGGGCACGUUCGACUUCUACUGGACGCACGCGCUCAUCUCCGACGAGACGGCCACCGGCGUCAACCAGAACUGCAACUUCACCAACGGCGCCCAGUCGAAUGAUCUCUGCGACCAAGCCAACGACGACGUCGUCGAGAACCUCCGGGACAUCGACAACUACAACAUCUACGCGCCGAACUGCCAGACGGAAGGGCUCGUCACGCCGCCUAUCACCCCCUCGAUUGAGAGCUUUGAUACGUGCACAAGUAAUUAUGUGGAGGCCUACCUCAACAAGCCAGAUGUUCAAAAGGCGCUCCACGCAAACGUCACCCGCCUCAACCACCCCUGGUUAGCCUGCAGCGAGGUCUUGACACGCUGGGUCGACAGCACCACAACUGUUUUGCCCAUUAUCAGGGAGCUGAUGAAAAACAACAUCAGAGUCUGGGUGUACAGGUACGCGUGCAUCAUACUAGAUCGUAGCACUCUACAGAUACUCAUGCAUGAAACUAAAAUCAACGAUCUUCGCAGCGGAGACACCGACGGGAACGUGCCGGUCACGGCCACCAGGUACUCCAUCAACCAGCUCCAGCUCCCCGUGGCUGCGAAAUGGAGGCGGUGGUUCAGCAGCACCAAGGUGCAACCUGAAAUCCCCCGCCUUAAUGGAACUGAAACCCUAACUGUUGAGCCCGACAAAAAAUCUGCAGAAUUUGUAAAUGACAUGUUCUUCGAUCUUGUGAACGAACUCAGGGUGCUGGAGAGGUGGGCGGAUACGUGGUGCAGUACAAGGGCGGCCUCAGCUUGGUGACGGUGAGAGGAGCUGGCCACGAGGUCCCCAGCUACCAGCCGCGGCGAGCGCUUCAGCUUGUCCAGGCCUUCCUCGCCGGCACAACGCUCCCUGACUGCAAAAAAUGCUAAGAGGGAGUCA